AUCACCACGUGCGCUACGCUACCCCGUCUUCUUGGACGGCACGAUGGUCAACAGCAUCGCUAGGAGAGAAAGGUUGUCCUUGGGCGCCAUGCGGUGUUUGUCGGCGGCGAUCAUGCUGCUGGCGGUGGCAGACCAGGCGGACGGGUUCUAUUGUGCUCCCGGUCAAAUCGGGGGAAGGGCUUCCCGCUGCAGUGCAGUUUCGAGCUCGAGAAAGGCAUCGUCGUCCACAUGGUCUACUCGCCCGACCACGCCCUCGCAAGGUCGCAGCCGGUCCGGCUACGUCCUGCAAGCGUCCAGCACAGAGCCGAGGGACAAAGACGCACCUGAGGGAGACAAAGUGGGGGCAGAGAAGAAGAAGGGGGGCGAGGGGGGGGGGGCAGAGGACGCGGCGUUGGCAACGCCGGCGGAGUCGCGCACAGCUCUCCUGAGCAAGAGGGUUGCCGAGGAGGGGAAGACAGCGAACCAGAGGGCCAAGAGGAUGGCUAACCUUAGCAGCCAGCUCAAGAGGUCGUUCGCGAAGAAGGAAGAGGUGGAGACUAUGAUCACCGAGGAAGUGGCGCAGCUGGGGACCAAGCUUCGCCAGGAGAGGGACAUCGAGAUCGCUCGCGGGGCUGAUCUGAAGGAGCUGCUGAAGGAGUUUGACGAGACUAUCGUGGAGAAGCAGGCGGAGAUCGAGAAGGAGCAGGACCUCCUGGCGCAGAUGCAGGCGAGUGCUCUCCGAGGGCAGGUGGAUGAGGCAUCCAUCCGUGCCCCCAUCGAGACGGCCAUGGCCAAGAAGGCUGACGUGACGUCGAUCGAGGUGAUGUUGCUCGAGGAUCUCGUCGAGUGCAAGGAGAAGCUGGAGGAAGAGCUCAAGUCCACGUCUGCCCGUGCCGAAACAAUGAACGGCGUCGUGGCGGCGCUGCCUGCCGAGGGAGACAUCGCUCGCCUGCGGGCCUACAACUGGCAGGACGUGCAAGACCUGCAGGAGGUUUUGGUGUCGUCGGCGGAGAGCAUGGAGGCAAGCGACGCCCAGGUGGGCCUCCUGCGGACCCGGCUGCUGGACUCGGUGCAGCAGAAGAAGGAGGUUCUCGGGGAGGUGUCCAAGGCCGAGCUGGUAGCGGGUGGAGGCAGAGGUGGCAGAGGCGCCAAGAAAAUGACGACCGCCAGGGCAUUCCAGGCUUCGACGGAACUAAGCGAGGAAGAACUGCUGCAGGCCGUCACGGAAUCGUCCAAAAACACUGCGCUGGGGGUUGCCAAGUCGGUUUCGGCGGGGACGAGCUCACUGGGCGACUACCUCAGGUCCCCCGCGGGGCAAGACGUGGCGGCGUCGACGGUGCUGGUGAUCGGAGCCCUGGCAGGCGCGGCUGCGUCGGUGGCGAACGCCUUCAAGGCGGCCAAGAAGGAGUUCGACGAGAACGCCGUCUCUGGGGAGGAACUGACCUCCUUUGACAAGAUCCUCAAGAGCCUGCAGUCUUCGCUCAAGGCCGUGCAGGAAAGCCCAGCGGUAAAAGCCGAGCUCCGCGAGGCGGGGGACUUGCUGACCAAGCAGGUGCCACAGGCGAGCGCCCGCGUUGGCGCCGGGACCGCCGAAGCCAUCAAGGGCGCCGUCACAAAUUCUGAGAUAAGCAACCCCGUUAAGGACGCCCUGGACUCCCUCGAGGAGUUCGUCGUUUCGUUGGCCGCGCUGGGGACCAAGUACUUCACGGUCUCGAGGGCUGCCCGGUUCCAGCUUCCCGGCGGCACCAAGGAGACGGAAGAGCAGCGGAAGGCCAACGCCAAGCUGCCGUCGCUGUCACCCCCGCCGAAGCCGAUGGAUGAGCUUGUAGCACAAAAGUCUGCUGCUGCCGCCGCCGCCGCCGCGGCCGCCGCUACCGCCGCUUCUUCUUCGAAGAGAGAAUCCAGCCCUGCUCCUGCUGCUACUACUUCUGCUCCCCCGGUGGCAAAGCCAGCCGACGAGGAAAAACCGGUCUCCGCAGCAGCUCCGGUCUCCGAGGCUUCUGCCCCCAAGGCAUCGAAGCCGAGCGUAGCUGCGGCGGCGGCAACCGAGCCUGUAGGCGAAGAGACGGCGUCUCCUGUGUCCGAGGCCAAGACAUCUGAACCUGCUACUGCGGUAGCGAAGCCAGUGGCCGAGAAAGAGUCGGCCUCGACGCCCCCAGCACCCGAAGUUUCAGCACCAAAGGCGGCGGCGGCGGUGGCGGCACCCAAGCCUGUGGUAGAAGAGAAGAAGCCCGCCCCUACGGCACCUGCUUUGGAGGUUCCCGCGCCAAAGGUUGCCGCACCUGCUGCUGCUGUUGCGGCGGAAAAGGCCGCCGCACCUCCUGUUCUUGAGGGCGCAGCGCCGGCGACGCCACCUUCGGCGCCAGUGGGUGCUGGGGAGAAGGCGCCCCAAUAA